UCCAUUAUUGAUGUCAUUGAUAAAGAUGUUAAAGAACACUGGUCCCAAGACAGACCCCUGGGGGACGCCACUUAUUACUGGCUUCCACCUGGAUAUAGAACCAUUAAUCACCUAGCCCUAAAGCUAAUAACAGUGAAAGAAAGAUGAGCUCAAACUAGACUGCAUGAAGAGAAUAGUGAAAGAAAUAGUGAAAAAAAACAAAUUUGGUCUCAAUGGCUUUAGAAGGUCUGAUAGUUGUUUAACUAAUCCUGACAAAAGCUGGGAGAGGACAUCAUCACUUGAGAGUUAUGGGUGAAUAAACAUCACUAAGGAAAAUUAAGUCAACUGACAGUUCUGCCAGAAGAUCACAUGAAUGUAAACAUUAAUAAAUUGAAUGUGUACUUAAAAGAACACGUGAUCUUGGCAUCAAUAGUAUUGUAAUAGUCUUUUAGUGCAAACAUUAGUGAUGAAACAAAACUGAAUAUAUACUGUCAUUAUGAAAGUGAUUACGUGAUACCUUUGCCCACAGAGAUGGACAUGAUGACAUUAGAUGUUUCUGUUGUUCCUUACACAAAGAUGAAUAUUACUGAAACUGGUAAUUUUACCUACAGAAAGCAAAUAGCAGGUCAGAGCAUGCUAUAGAAAAUAUACGUAAAAGAGGAUAUGUCUAUUAUCUGUUAUCAACUCCACAUAUUUGUGGAAAGGUUCACAUUUCCUUAAGAAAAAAAAAAAGACUUAUUUUGUGUAAUGCCAAAUAGACAUAGAAAUUCACUUCAAGUUUCAUUCAGAUGUGGAUAACUAGUUUUACUGAAGCUACUCUGCUUUUGCAGAUUUAGUCUUUUGAGGAACAGAAUUGAAGGCCAUAUGAAAAGGGCAUUUUAGAGCAUUCUGACAUACAAAAGAAAGCUGGGGUUUAUGGGACCACACAUUAACAGAGUAAAUGGUAGUCUUGUUCUGUAUUUUCCUAGUUCCUCAUACUUAAAAUGGAAAGAGUGAAUAUGUGAGAUUGUCUGGCCAUGGGGAUGAUAAGAUGCCAGUUUCAAGCAUGCCAGUGCUGGGAUCAAGAUAAUGGAUCUCUUCUAUUCCAGGAGACAUGGUGAUCUCCUUGUGGGUGGAACUACCUGACUAGAUAAAAGUAUAGAUCAGUCUGCUCUGAAAAUACCUUCCAAGAAGAAGGUUGCCUGAUGGUUAAGUUUGCUCUGAGUGUAUCACCUGAUUACCUAGAUAAGCUUUUUUACAAAAUUUUAAGAAGAAAUUCAGUAUUAUCCUGGACUCCACAUUUGGCUUGGACUUUUUUUUAUCCCCUUCUUUAUUGAUUCAGAUGGGCCAUCAUCUGUUGCAAGUACAAUUGGAACUGUGGACGCAGAGUUCUGCAAUCCAAGUUUCUUUAUGCUUUAAAAUAGGGAAGUUGGACUAAAAGUUCCAGAAAGGUCAACUUAUGCAUCUGUAGCAGUAUGAAUAGCUCUUAGGACGGGUGUAAAUAAAAUAUACUUGAAGUUUCUUAAUACCAUCAAAGAGAAAUCAAAUUGUAAGAAGUCGAGUUUUUUUGAGGGUAAACCUAGGAACAGUCUGUCUUAAAUGACCAUUAAAAUCUGUAACGUGCUCCUUGGUCUGCUUCCUGUGGACUCUGUUGAAAAAAUUAUUGCAGGUGGCUACUAUGUUGGAUACAUUACUUUUCAAAGUAUGUUUGUAUAUAUUUUGCAAAGUGGAAGUAUUAUACAAUUCAGUGUAAAUGUCACUUAAAUUUAGUGCAUGGGACUCGCAAACCAAUUUCAGUGCUAGGAUUUUUGGUUUAUGGCGUAGUGAUUAAAAAGAAAAAUAAUGACCAUAAAAUCAAUUACUUAUUUUUCCAUUUCAGGUUCAUGAAUAGAUUGAAGAAAACAUGGCCAAUCGAGAUUACAUUAGCAGACCUAUUUGCAAUGGAAUUUCUGUUCCUGAAAAUAAAAUUAAUUCCUUAGUGGCUGAAGGUCAUGGACAACAAAUUCUAAAAGUACUACAGAAGUUCAGAGAACAAAAUAUAUUUUUUGACUUCAAAAUUAUUGUGAAAGAUGAAGUAAUUCCUUGUCAUCGUUGUGUACUGGCAGCUUGCAGUGAUUUUUUCAGAGCCAUGUUUGAAGUUAAUAUGAAAGAACGAGAUGAUGGCAAUGUUACUAUUAGUAAUCUAUCACCCAAGGCAGUGAAAGCUUUUCUUGAUUACGCUUACACGGGAAAAACAGAGAUAACAAAUGAUAACGUGGAAAUGCUCUUCCAGCUAUCAUCAUUUCUUCAAGUUUCACUCCUUUCCAAAGCUUGCAGUGACUUUCUAAUAAAAAGUAUCGAUCUUGUCAAUUGCUUACAGUUGCUUUCUCUGUCAGAAAGUUAUGGUUCUGUCCGCUUAUUUGAUCAUGCACUAGAUUUUGUACAGCACCACUUUUCCCUGCUACUAAGAUCAAGUGACUUUUUGGAGAUGAAUUUUGAGAUAUUACAAAAAUGUCUCGAAGCUGAUGAACUAAAUGUCCCUGAGGAAGAAUCAGUCUUGAAUGCUGUUCUUCAAUGGACCAAACAUAACAUAGAAACACGACAGAAAUAUCUGCCUAAUUUGAUCAAAAAAGUGAGGCUACACCAGUUACCCGAAAAGACUUUGCAAGACUUUCUGCAUUCAGAAGAAUAUUUACUUAAAAGUGCUAAUUGUUCAGUAAUAAUCAAUGAUGCAGUCAAAAGUGUGCAAGACUUCAGCGGACUAUUUCCAGAUGCACGUCCUUCAACAACAGAAAAAUACAUAUUUGUUCAUAAAACCGAUGAAGACGGAGAAAACAGGCAUACAUUUUGCUACAACAUCAAAACAGAUAAAUGGAAAGAAUUACCACAUACACACAUGAUUGAUCUUCCAGGGUCAAGCUUAUCUAGCUAUGGAGAGAAAAUAUUUAUAACUGGAGGAUGCAACGGGAAUUGUUACAGGACAGUCAGGCUUCAUAUCGCUGAACCGUUUCAUGAUGCCACUGACCAAACCUGGUGCUACUGUCCAGUCCGCAAUGAAUUCUCCAUAGUGUCAGCUAUGAGAAAACCAAGGACAAUGCACACAUCUGUUGUCACCUUAAACCAGUUAUUUGUAAUAGGUGGAAAGACCAGAGGAGCUCAAGAAACCCGAAGUCUUUUGGAUGUAGAAUCAUAUAAUCCUCUCUCCAAAGACUGGAAAUCUGUAAGCCAGUUACCAAGAGGUAUCUACUAUCCAGAAGCAAGUGCAUGUCAGAAUAUAAUUUACGUCCUUGGCUCAGAAGUGGAGAUUACGGAUGCCUUUAAUCCGUCUCUUGACUGUUUCUUUAAGUAUAACGCUAUGACUGAUCAGUGGUCGGAGCUUGUAGCAGAAUUCGGGCAGUUUUUCCAUGCAACUCUAAUCAAAGCUGUUCCAGUGAACUGCACGUUGUACAUAUGUGAUCUCUCCACCUACAAAGUCUACAGCUUUUGCCCAGAAACCUGUGUUUGGAAAGGGGAAGGAUCUUUUGAAUGUGCUGGCUUUAAUGCAGGGGCAGUUGGGACAGAAGACAAAAUUUAUAUCUUAGGCGGUGAUUAUGCUCCAGAAGAAAUCACAGACGAAGUUCAAGUCUACCACAGUAAUAGGUCUGAGUGGGAAGAAGUUUCCCCAAUGCCAAGAGCCUUAACUGAAUUUUACUGUCAGGUUAUUCAGUUUAAUAAGUACAGGGACCCAUGGUCAUCUGUAAUGACAAUUUGCUCUGGAGAAUUUUGAAAUUCCUGAGUCAAAAUGAUCUAUUUAAAUGCACAAAUUUUAGAACAGAUUUUUCAGUAUUAGUCUGCAGAAAAAUAUGUAUUAUUUUUGUUUUAAAUGUUCAGUUUAAAUUGUCUGCUAUAAAAGCGUUUCUGAAAGGGUCUAUAAAAUUCCCAUUCAUCCUAGCCAUUAUAUAUUAAGAAUUACUUAGUUUUAUAUACAAGUCUUCUCUAUAAUUAACUGAAUAAUUUGAAAAUACUACUUUUCAGAAAAAAAGUUAUGAGGAAUUUAUUUUGUAAUAUGUGCCAUUAUUUCUGUAAUAAUCAGUUGCCCCAGGUGAUAAAUUGCUGAAUGAGGAAACUGAUAGUGAUACUGUUUUCCCUAUGUAACUGAAGUUUAAAGAAAUCUGCAUUCAUGCUGGUUUUUGUUUUUUUUUUGUUUAUAUAUAUAUAUUCACAAACCUGUUAGAGAACUUCAUUGUCAGUUUUAUCUUAUUAGAAUGACCUGAGCAAGGGGAAAAGCCAAAGUGACCUUCACAGCAUCUUCAUAGCAUUAAAACCAGGUGUCUAACUUGAAGAGACUGAAUAUUCCCAUCAUCUUACAUCAGCUCUUCAGUUGCACCAGUUUUUUUCCAUCCUUGUGCCUUAGUAGUAGCUGUACUUUCUGUUUUCAUCCCGUCGCUGUGGCAAGACAAACUUUGAUAACAUUUUGCAGGGUGAGCAAGAUUUCUACAGGGUGGAUGAUUCAAGUGGGAACUUUGCUGCACAGGUGGUCAUCUCAAUCACUGCAAGAAAAAACACUUCAGGAUGUUUUCUAACAGAAGUCUUCCAUCUCUGAAGUCUGCAUCUCUUUCUGCUAAGCAGCCAAUAGGCUGCUUACAGCAGAAAGUUGCAAAAUUAAGUUUUAGUUGUUGCUUCAGUUAACUACCGGAAAAGUUCGUAUCUUGUAAUACACAGAAUACAAAGUUAGGAAAAAAAACAAACCCGUACUUAAAGUAAGUAGCAUUUCUGAAGGGAAAUAAAUCAUUUUUUAAAACUUCUGUACUAUUUUAAAUUAAUUAAAACACUUUCAUCUUCAUGGCAAUUAUAGGUGAUAAGUUAUUACAAGGUAAACACUAUGCAAUAUAUUGCUAGAGAAACUAUAGUAAUCUAUUAUGUUAAAAUUGUAAUGGAUUUUCAGUAUUAAUACUACUGUGAAGUAAAUUUGAUCUGAUGCAUACAGAGUGUCUGUCCAACAGGACACUGGAAUUAUCUAGGUUUCAUAAACUCACUUGUAAUCUUCCACAGCCAGAGAAUUUUCUUUCUUUCCAGAUAUUUAAAUAAGAUUUUACUAGCCCUUAUGUACUAAUGAGGUCAUAAAGUUGUGUAACGCCAGACAGAAUGGUUCUAAACAUCUAAGCAUGUAUUUUCCAAGCAGCUUAAAAAUGAACAAAAUUUAGUGAGUUACCUAAUGAUCUUUUACAUGGCUUCAGACAACCACUGUAAUUUUGCUACAUCUCUGCUGCAUGUAGUUUUGGCAAAAGUAAAACUCAGUAUUAAUGCUUAAGACUUAAUAUUGCCUAGCAACAUAUUUCUCUUUCAAACAGUAAACAGUGGAAAUCUACAAUUUUGUCAUUUGUAUAAUUUAUGAUAUCUUUCAAAAAGUUAGAUAAUAUUAUAAAUAUUUUCAUAAAGGUGUAAGUGAAAAUUAUGCGCAUUUGGAUAACCUAUUAAUAGUGGAACUUUCCCCCUCAGUAAUUUCUAUUAAGAUAUGUGUCAGUUCUGUAGAAGUAAAUAGUUUCUUGUAGUAGUAUUUCAGGUAACUUCCACAUUUAUUUUGAUCUUUUCAUAGUGAAUCUCCAUAUUAUAAGUAGAGUUAGACCGGUAACCUUUACAAUCAUUUUUAUAUCAGAACAUGGCUACUGUCUGUUAGUAAAAAUGAUAUGUAUUGAAUAGUUUAGGAGAGAUGGAGAAUACUAUUCCAGCUUAUUAAAUUAUGAAGGGGAAAAAAAAUAGGAAUAUAGGAGAAUAGGAAUUUUAGCAUUCGUAGGCUAGUUAAGGUAGCAUAGACUUCAUUUAAUUAUCACAACUUGUCACUUUCCAUCAGAAGUACAAGGCUGCACAGAACUGCCAGGUGAUAACCUGAACCAGUGGUUGAGCAUCAGGUGAGAAGGCAUGGCUAACCCAGGGAGCUUGGGUGCAAGCAAUACACCUGAGUGGCUGAAAGAGUGGACCUUGGACCCAUCCCUCCUCAUCCUUAUUUAUGGGUAGCAGCUGAGGGAGCAGAAUCUCCUUGGAUAGAGGUUGCACUCGAGCUAUCACUGGUUAUUGGAAGGAGAGAGCAAUUUUUCUUUGUUAUCUUCUGUUGCUCCAUAGCGCUUAUAUCCAAGUAGGAGGUGCUGUCAUUGUCUUCUUUUGCUGCACAGAGGCCCAAUUCUUGUUUGCUUGUAGUUUUGUGCUCUUUUUAUACCCAAGUAAUGACCAUGUAAUUUAUGCAAUGACAACAUUAUGCCCAUUUUAUAUGGGUAUAAACAGCUAUGCAAGUUGGAAGAGACUAGAGAACUUAAAGUUACUUUCUGUUGCUUCUGUUGUGAGCAAAUUGCUGGGUUGCAUGAACAGCACUGAGUCAGUCACAAGUUCAGGUGAUGCUCUUUCUUCCAAGUAUUUUCUCACAGUUUCUUUUAUUUGAUAUAUUUGCUGUAUGCAUAUACCUCUGCCAUACGACACCCAACAGAGCGUAUGUGGUAAAUUCCUCCUUAUUCACACACACAUAUGUGUAUAUAAACCUAAAGAUAACUUUAUUGGGAAAAAAGACAUACUUCUUUAAUAUUCUGCAUUACAUUUGCACAGGAACUAAAGUCAGUUCCCAGUCCAACCAAUCAUUCGUGAAUUUCAAAUGGUGUUGUCUCGCUCUCUUAAUUGCUGACAAGGAAAUUAAUUAGUAGCAUCAGUUCCUUUUUACUAUUUAUUACAAAGUUACUGUGAAAUAGAAUGAAUUUUCUUCUAUGUAGGUCUCAUGGAAGGGAAAAAAGGUUAUUUGCUGUAAUUUCAACGUGAUAGGAGAAGGGGAAAUGGUUUCAAACUGAAAGAGGGAGGGGAGAUAUA